GCCGCCGUAGCAGCUGUAGCAGGGCUGACAGCGUGUGAUCAUGGCUGCUGCCCGAGGAGACAAGCUGGAGGCGAACGGAGGCGACGUGGAGCCGGAGGAAGAAGAGGAGAACAUUCUCUACGACUUGCUGAUCAACACCGAGUGGCCGCCGGAGACCGAGGUUCAGCCAAGAGGCAACCAGAAACAUGGUGCAUCAUUUAUCAUCACUAGAGCAAUUACAGGCCCUGCCUUAUUUUUACUCCGAUAUUUGUGGUACAGUCCUGCAAAAUCUUCCCUCCCCAGUGGUCUCAUCCGCCUGGUCAGUAAGCAGAUCAAUUGGCAUUUGGUGCUUGCAAGCAAUGGAAAACUGUUAGCAGCUGUUCAAGACCAAUGUAUAGAGAUAAGGUCUGCAAAGGAUGAGUUCGGGUCUGUCAUUGGGAAGUGUCAAGUCCCAAAGGAUCCCAACCCACAAUGGAAGCGUGUGGCGUGGAGUCAUGAUUGCACUUUGCUUGCCUACGGUGAAAGCACAGGAACCGUGAGAGUAUUCGAUUUGGUCGGCAGUGAACUCCUGGUCAUUUCACCGGGUACUAGCUUCCCAGGAGACCUAACCUAUGCUAUUGCAGGAUUGAUCUUUCUGGAAUACAAAGCAAGCGCCCAGUGGUCAGCUGAACUGCUAGUUAUCAAUUACCGGGGUGAACUAAAAAGCUACCUCGUGAGCGUCGGAACAAAUCAGCGCUUCCAAGAGAACCAUAGUUUUAGCUUCAGCGGCCAUUACAUCCAUGGAAUAUCGGCAGUGAUUUAUCAUCCUGCACACCGACUUUUGAUCAUAGGCGGCUGUGAAACAGAUGAUGAUGCAGCUGGAGUUUCUAAAGCAAAUACCUGUGGCCUGUCCGCGUGGAGAGUCCUUUCAGGAGCACCCUAUUACAAGCAGGUUACAAGUUAUGAAGAUGAUGUCGGGACAACUAAGAGAAGGUCAUUGUUCAAGAUUAUGAAUCUCAAACUUUACAACAGGCAAGGAAGGGAACAGGAUGGUGUGUUCAAGAUGAGCCUUUCUCCAGAUGGCACCCGGCUGGCAGCUAUUCACUUCUCUGGAAAGUUGACAAUCUGGGCAAUUCCCUCUCUCAAACAACAAGGAGAAUGGGAACAAAGUGACCAGCCAAGUUAUGAUGAAAUCAAGCCAGAAUGGAGACUCUCCCUUGAAAAGCGAAAGAAAAUUAAAGACAAGGAAUCUUAUUACCCACUGAUAGACGUAAACUGGUGGGCAGAGAAUGCUGUCAUUUUGGCUCGGUGUUCAGGUGCUUUGACAGUGUCCUCGGUGAAAACCUUGAAAAACCUGUUAGGGAAAUCCUGUGAAUGGUUUGAAAGUUCCCCUCAGGUCACUUCUGCUCAUGAUGGAGGAUUUCUAAGUUUGGAGUGUGAGGUGAAGUUGGCUCCAAAGAGAUUGCGUUUGGAUAGCAGACCUGGUGAUGAAGACGAAGGAGAAGAUGACUCUGAUUCGGAUGACGAAACUUCUGCCAAGGCGCGGUAUUUUGGCUACCUUAAGCAAGGCCUGUAUUUUGUGACUGAAAUGGAACGGUUUGCUCCUCCCAGGAAACGCCCGCGCACUAUUAUAAAGACUUAUCGCAUUGUGAACCUGAGGUCCACAACUCCUGAGGAACUGUACCAGAGAAAGAUUGAUAAUGAAGAAUACGGAGAAGCGCUCUCGCUAGCUCAAACGUAUGACCUUGAUUCUGACCUUGUUUAUCAGAGGCAGUGGAGGAAAUCUGCUGUUAGCAUUGCUUCGAUUCAGGAUUAUCUGAGCAAAAUUAAUAAGCGGUCUUGGGUUCUUCAUGAGUGCCUGGAAAGAGUCCCUGAGAAUGUGGACGCCGCUAAAGAAUUGCUGCAAUACGGCUUAAAAGGAACUGACCUGGAGGCUCUCGUGGCCAUAGGGAAAGGAGAAGAUGGUGGCAGAUUUAUCUUGCCAGGUGAUGUGGACAUUGAUGAACUACUUUAUGAAGAGUUUUUAACUCCGGAGGAAGAAGCAGAGAGUAGGAAGGAGCGGGAAGCCGUGAAGCAUCAAGAACUUCUGCAAUCAGUAAACUUCUCCAAGUUAACUUUGGAACAGAAAGAACUUUGCCGAAGCAGGUUGAAACUACUAACCUAUUUGGAUCGGCUAGCAACAUACGAGGAGAUCCUUGGAGGGCCACAUGAUGCUGAGCAGAGAUAUGAUGCAGAGUUCUUCAAGAAGUUCCGAAAUCAAAACAUUGUUCUUUCUGCAAGAACAUAUGCACGGGAAAGCAACGUAAGAGCCAUGGAAAUUUUGUUCACGUAUCAUGGAUCAGACUUGCUUCCACAUCGGUUGGCAAUUCUCUCUAAUUUUCCAGAGACCACAUCUCCUCAUGAAUAUUCCUUUUUGCUGCCUGAGGCUCGCAACAGAGAAGGUGUAUUGAAGAUUCUUCCCUGGAAUGAGCAGAAGCACAGGGAAGAAGACUGGUGUGAAAAACCACCAUGCAGGCUGAUGGUUGAACCAGCUCAUCAAGACGAAGGUGAAUUUUUAUAUGACUCCCAACCAGAAUUGUUGAAAUACAGGACUACUGAGCUUUCAAUAAACAUGGUCACGGACUGGUAUUGGAAAAGAGCAGAAGAGAUAGAAAAUUACUCUAUGCAGGUGGAUUGCGCUCUGUCUCUGGUUCGUCUUGGCAUGGAGAGGAACAUACCUGGUCUUCAUUCCCUCUGUGACAAUCUGGUUACACUGGAGACCCUAGUUUAUGAGACAGGAUGUGACAUAACACUGAACUUGAAAGAGCUACAGCAGAUGAAAGACAUUGAGAAGCUAAGGCUGUUAAUGUUGAAUUCGUCGGAAGAUAGGUACGUGAAAGAUGCUUACCAGUGGAUGGUCCCAUUUCUACACCGCUGUGAAAAUGAGUCUCCUGGCAUUGCAAAUGAGCUUUUAAAAGAGUAUUUGGUCACAUUGGCUGAAGAAGACCUAACAUUUCCUAUGAAAAUCUUUGAACAUUCAAAGCCAGCAUGUCAGCAAAAAAUAAUUUCAGAUCAAGAUCUGUUGAUGGUGAUCGCAUUAGAAUGUAUCUACAGCUGCAAACGGGAUGACCAGCUUUCUCUGUGCUAUGAUAUCUUGGAAUGCCUUCCCCAGAGAGGUUAUGGCCUUGAAACAGACAUUACUAACAAUCUUCACGAUAAAGUUGAUGAAUUGGAACAAAUUCUUAGUGUAUCUGAACUUUUGGAGAAGCAUGGACUCCAGAAACCCGUAUCCUUUGUAAAAGACACACAAAACAGCCCAGAAGAAGCACGGAAGCUGAUGAUUAGAUUGACUAGGCACACAGGCCGCAAGCAACCUCCUGUUAAUGAGACAUACUGGAUGGGAUUGUUGCAAGAUAUGCUGGAUAUGCAGCGGAACGUCUACACGUGCUUAGAAGCAGACACUUGCUAUGAGAUUUUUACAGAAAGUCUUCUGUGUUCAAGCCGACUCGAGAACAUCCACUUAGCUGGGCAAAUGAUGCAUUGCAGUGUUUGGUCAAUAGAUCCCCCAGUUAGUGUUGCUUCGAAAGGAAAAUCUCAAUACAGAGUUUGCUACGAGAAAAGCAUUGAAUUGGUUUUGGCUGCUAGCAGAGAGUACUUUAAUUCUUCAACCAAUCUGACGGAUACUUGCAUGGAUUUGGCCAGGUCCUGCUUACAGCUCAUUACAGACUGUCCGCCUGUUGUCCAAGAGGAGUUGGAUCUCAUUCGUGCUCUUAGCUACCUUGAAGAAUUUGGUGUGAAAAUCUUACCGUUACAAGUGCGUCUGUGCUCUGAUCGACUCAGCCUUAUCAAGGAAUGUCUAUUGCAGCUGCCAACAAACUACAAGCAGUCUGCCAAGCUCUUGGGACUUGCAAAUUUGCUGAAGGUUGCAGGUGAUGACCAGAUAGAGAGAAAAGGACAAGUUUUGAUUCUUUUGGUGGAACAAGCUCUCCAGUUUGAGGAUUACAAAGCAGCAAAUAUGCAUUGCCAGGAACUUAUGGCUUCAGGCUACUCUAAAAGCUGGGAAGUUUGCAGCCAGUUAGGACAAUCUGAAGGUUACCAGGACAUGGCUGUUCGGCAGGAGCUCAUAGCCUAUGCUUUGACGCAUUGUCUCCCAAGUGCCAUAGAACCUCUGCUGGCAGCAAGCAGCACUCUGCAAACUGAGAUUCUUUAUCAAGCAGUCAACUACCAAAUACGGCCUUCAGAAAAGGGGGAGAACAUAAAUACCUCCAGAUCACCAGUUGGAAUCAAAACAGAGCUUCCUCUAGAGGUAGACGCAAACAUUUCCUCUAGUCAAUCUGCUGACCUACUGCAGUGGACCACAGCUAAAACCAUGAAGGUUCUUUCCAAUACAACCUUGACCACAAAAGCCAUGCUGCAUGCCGUCAGUGAUCGACAGUGGUGGAAGAAGUCAUUGACUUAUCUUCGGCCGUUACAUGGUCAAGAGUUUGGAGAUGUAUUAAAAGGGACCACUGGAGCAAAUGCAGCAAUAGAAAAGCAAGGCUGUCAUCCAUUUUAUGAAUCUCUGAUAGAGAAUCCAUAUCUUGCAGAUAAUGAAGUUACUUAUACCGCAUACCAGCACAAACCUUUGGAAAGCUUUGCAGAAGUAUUGCUGAGAACAGGAAAACUUGCAGAGACGAAAAGUGAAGGGCAGGAUCAGUUUCCUGUGACAGAAGUCCUGUUACAGCUGGCCAGUGAAGCGUUACCAAACGACAUGACCUUAUCUCUUGCCUACCUGCUUGCUUUACCACAGGUCAUAGAUGCCAACAAGUGCUUUGAAAAACAAUCUCCUUCUGCUUUAUCUCUCCAGCUGGCAAGUUAUUACUAUAGCCUGCAGAUCUAUGCUCAUUUGGCACCAUGUUUCAAGGACAAAUGCCACCCCCUCUACAGGGCCGACCCCAAAGAAUUAAUUCAGAUGGUCACGAAGCACGUCACCCAGUCCGGCUGUGCCGACUGGCCUGAUGAAAUCGCAACUCUGAUCAAGCAUCUUCAGUACUAUAAUGAACGACUCUUGGACUUCACUCAAGCCCAGCUUCUUCUAGGUCUUGGCAAAGGGGUGGAUGUCCAGAGGUUUACAGCAGAUGGUCAGUACAAGAGGGAAACCAUAUUAGGUUUGGCAGAAACACUUGAAGAAAAUGUGUACAGGAUAGCUCUUUCCUUGGCUCAACGUUACAGCGUCCCACUCUGGGACGUUCACAUGACACACCUGGAAUUUCUUUUCAGUGACAGUGGUUUAUCCACAGCUGCAAUAGAAGAUAGAGCUCAAAGUCUUGGUCUGUUUGAGACUUUGAAAGCUGCCCCUGAAGCGUUUCACGAGCAUAUGGCAAAAUAUGUAUACCCUACUAUUGAAGGUAGAGAUCACCAGCGUUUACUGUAUUAUUUCACACUCCUUGAGAAUUGUGCCUGUCCUGAAUCUGUGAAGCACUCUAUCAAACCUGAAACUCACAUACGUCUGCUGAAAAAAUUCAAGGCAGUUUCCCCAGGUCUCAAUUACAAAAAGCUAACAGAAGAAAAUGUGAGUCCUCUGGAAGCUUUGGAUCCUAUCCUCACAAGUCAAAAUAUUUUAUCAAUUUCGAAGCUUGCUCCUAAAAUUCCAGAAAAAGAUGGAAGGAUGCUUUCUCCAAGUUCUGUCUAUGCCAUCUGGCUAAAAAAACUCUUCUGGAAUGGGGAUCCCCAUCUUGUUAAAAGAGUUCCAGAAGCUAUAGCCGAAUGGUUACAUUCCUAUGAUGUCUGUGCCAAGUACUUUGAUAGACUUUACCCAGGAGAUAUUAUCAAUUUCAUGGACGAAAUUACUUUUUCCUCAAAGGCUGUCACCAAGCUGUCAGUGGAUUCCCGGGUAGAGAUGACAAAGAAGGCUAUUAAGUCAGUGAAACACAUUGCUGAAAAGGCUGGAAGAAGGACUUCUGAGGAGGACGGCACUGAAGGCGUGGUUAACAGGCAAAUCACUUACGAAGUUGCACUGGAUCAUCUGCAGCAGUCUCUUGCACAUCUGGAAACUCUUAGCCAUAGCUUUAUUUCUUACCUGAAAAACAGUGACCAGAAUAUACUACGGGAAUAUGGACAUCAGUAUGAUUUAUCCCGGUCAGAAAAAGAGAAAAUCAAUGAGCAAGCUGUAACUAUGUGUAUAGAUGGUCAACCAUUAGAUAUGAUACAGAAGUUAUUGAACGUUGCUGUUGGAGAUCUGGGACUCUCUCCUAGAGAUGUAGUACAGACUGCUGUAAACAAAGUGGUAGGUGCUUUAAGUGAAGAUGGAGUGCAGUUUUCUUUCAAAACCGACCCUUUCCAGAUAUUAGAAGGUAUUGUCUCUGCUGUCCGCACAAGCACUGAGAAUGGCGAGGACCUGGUGUCUUCAGAUGAUCUCUUGGCUUGGCUGAGACCUUUCUGUGGAGAUGAUUCUUUGCCAGUGAAGCCUCGUAUUACGGUGUUGCAGAUUUUGGAGCAAGCUUUCCACCUCCGUGAUGAGGACAUCCAGUUGCUUGUGCUGUUCAGAACUCAAGCUGUUCUCAAAGCCUGUUGGCCACAAACUCAGGUAGAAAUAACUGACAUUGAAAAUGAAGAGAAGAGGAACGCUCUCUUCCUGAAACUUUUGGAAGCCAGUGAGGACAAUGCAGCAUUUCAGCAUUUAGUUAUGCUCUUGCAAGCUUGGCCGCCUGUGAAAAGUCGAGAUGUAGCAUGCCCAAGCAGUAAUCCUUGGGUUAAAUUGGGAACAGCGAUGCUUAUGAAAUCCCAACAGGAGCAUAAGAAGCACACGGGGAAUGAGAUUCUGAAAAUCUGCCGCUCCUUAUAUGAGACAAAACACAUGCUCUCUGCAGAGUGCAUCAAAGAGCUAUGUUUGCUGCUACUUAACCAAUCCCUUCUGCUGCCAUCCUUGAAGCUGCUUGUGGAAAGCAAAGAUCAAGAUCUUCACUCUGUGGCACUGGAGCAGAUAACAGCUAUUGCUAAGGUUGAUGCUUCCAACUGUGAUUCCGAACUUCUUUCUUUGCUUCUGGAUGAGAAAUUAGUGGUGAAGUGCACCUCCGCUGUCUUUUAUGCUCACCUGGUUAACCAUUUGCUGGCCAAGCAAGAGGAGGGACGCUGGGAUGUAGGAGAAAUUGCAAAGCAGCUGAAUGAAGCAGGCUUCCCUGCAGAGGCAGGCUCUCUCCUGAUGGCCUAUAAAGGGACUCAUCCUGCACUCCAAACCUUUGGUGCAGCCCUCAGUGCUGUUAGGCACUGGAUUUAAAUGGCAGAGCGUUUCCAGUUACGCUUGGUGCCUGAACGAAAUAUCCCGCUCCGGCUGCCCCAGUUUCAGAUGGAAAUCUUGCCGAAGAGACAUUGUAUGAAAGUAUAGGCUUCAGGCUAAUCAUCGCAGCUUAGCAUUGCAUAAAUUCCUAACACUGUGCAUACUUAAAUAUUUCCUUGCAGUGUCUUCCGUCCCAUCAGUAGCUCUUGCCAUAUGGGUAGGAAUAGCCCACGUCAGAAGAAUGAAGUGCAUUCAGUAUAUGGAUAUUGAUGGAUAUCUUGGUAAAUAAACAUUUUUCAGAUCGUGUCAUAAUGAACAAUGUUUGUAUGACACACCUUCAUCUCCAGUGUAAAAGCAUAAAUAUAACUGGAAGUUUAGGACUAAUAACCUCACUUCAAAGGGAAAGGUCUGGAAAUACAUUUAAAGAAUCUUAAAGAGUUUGUAUGUCACACUGUUUGGAAGUUACUUCAAAUUGAAUUCCUUUGUUUGAAUUAAUUAAAGGCUUUCAUUUCAACCAG